UUACAUAGAGGGGGAAAUGGUUUAGAGUCACAGUCUCUGGUUUACACACACACUGGCUCUGUAUACAAUAACAAACAGACGGCUCCGAUGGUCUGUGGCACAGAUGAAAAGUUGAAGAAGCAGUUCACUGGACAUCAUGUUGCGUUUAUUGUCAUUAAGGAUCUGUGAACUGUGCACAAAGACAUCACCUCGGCUAACUAUUAAUAGAUGCACUUCCACGACUAUUCUUGGCCACCUCCAAAGGCUUGAUGCAGUAGUUCCCUCUCAGUGUGAUUUAUCACUACAGUUUUUGAGGGAGUACUCUAACUGUAGGUUAAGUACAUAUUGUGUGACAAGGAAUAGUGAUAAGAAUGAUGAUGUAAAUUAUUCUCAAGAUCCAGAGGUCAGAGAUUGGCUGAGGGAGAUGCAAAAUGACUUUUCAAAAGAACAUAAGAAUAUAGAAGAUAAAGAUGUCAUGAAUGAAAAGCAGAUUGAGGCUAUUGAAUACAAGGAGAAUCAAAAGAAAAGUGGAAGUAAAGAACAGAUGACAAAAACUCAUCCAACCACACAGGAUGAUGAUGGUGCUGUGGAGGCUGAAGGUCUCUUACAAGCCAGACCUCCAAAUAAUACUUGGGCCCAUAAUAUUUCUCAGAAGUACAAGAAGUUUGAUUCAAGCUCAUCAGAAAUAAUAUAUGAUUAUAAUGAGGAACAACUUCGAAGGGAGGAAGAGAUGGUUCGACAGCAAGAGGAGGAAGAAGAGGAGGAGGAGAUUGUUUUGAAACGUGGUGAGACAGGUGUGUUUGAUGUAGAAGAACUGGUAGACCUCCUAAGAGAAGAGAAUGCUAAAGAUAUUGCAGUUAUCCAGGUUCCUCAAGAACUAAGAUAUGUUGACCACAUGGUUAUUGUUUCCAGCCAUUCUCAAAGACAUAUCUGUGCUCUGGCUGAGCUCAUUCGUCAAAUUUACAAGAAAAAGAAGCACAAACAUGACCCAUCAGUGAAUUUGGAAGGCAAAGGAACAGAUUGGGUUGCACUGGAUAUUGGUAAUAUCGCCUUGCACAUCAUGACCUCUGAAAUGAGGGAAGAUUAUGACUUGGAAACUCUGUGGACUGUUGGGUCACAAUAUGAUGACAAAUGCCAACAGCAAGAAGAGAACUUCAUGGAUAUGUAUAAUUUAUCUAAUCCUCUGGCUGGGUUUACAUCAUCAUCAACGUCUUUUAACAAUAAAUCACUUGAAUAAAUAUAAAUUAUUUCUCUAGAAAAUUGCUAAAGUUAUGUUUUAAAACUCAGAUAGUGGAUUGGUCAACUCCUAUUGUGUCAAUAAGUCGUCAGUUGAUAUCCCAGGGUUCCUGGUGAUGCUAGUAAUACAAGUGUUCAGUUAUCUUCCCCAAAUUGCAUUCAAGUGUCACAUGUUGAGUAAGACUGAUGCCACCCAUGCCUUUUGUAUUUGAGUAUUGGAACUGAUAAAAGCCAUGUUUUCUGCAUUUAAGAUAUACUGUACUUUUCUCCAAGACUCGCCCUGCAUCUUACAUGAUGAAAGUUAACCCUAAGGGGAUGUGGCUGCCAAUAUUGUACAGGACUACUGUAAAACCAAGACUUCCUCAUUUGACACAGUGACUCCCAGAUGACCCCAGAAUGAAAUACCUGCAUAUAUCAUAAAUUAUUAAUGAAAAAAAAAGAAAAUAAUUUUUAAAAGUUAAUUUAGGAAUUGCUAACGUCAUCACUUCAGGAUGCAGGCCGUCCAGUGACAUUCCUGUGGAUACCAAGUCAUGUCAGUAUCUUAGGAAAUGAGACAGCAGAUAGACUUGCCAACACCAGUUCUAACAAGGUUACACUGGAUUAUGUUGUCCCUCAAACAAUUUGACAACUUAGAACACAAAUUCGUCAUAAACAGAGAGAGGCUCGGGAAGCAGCAAUUCCUCUGGACCACCCGCCCACCUGGUAUGAUGUCCUCCGUAAACUUCCUGACUUCUUGGACGUGUAUGGGAAAGGGUCACGGAAGAGGGACGUGAUUGCUGCCCAACUCGUCAUCGGGUACGUUUUUGCUUGGGAGAUUGGUAUCCCCACCUCCCCCGAGUGUGUAUUAUGCAAGAGAGCAGACAGCCACACACUCAUCCAUUACAUCCUGAGAUGUCCCCACACACAACACUUCCGUGACGCCUGCUGGACCACCACUCUACGACCUACUGACGGAUGCAUGGUGCUUAUCACCUGUGUGCUGGCCAAAUAAUUUUAUAAUAAUAUUGAUUUAUUUUGAAGGAAUAUCCUUCCUUCCUUAGGCUUUAGUAAACCCCUUUGUAUUAAAAUAUUUAAUUUAUAUGUACAGUACUUGAGAUUCCUGCCAGAUGCUUCUGGUAACAUUGUACAGGAAUACCUAGUGACAGUACUAGGAUCUUAUUUCCUAUAGUAUGGAAUAAAUUGUUGAAAUUGUAAAAAAA